UACUGAGCGGCAAGAAUGAGGUGAAGAAGGGAGGGAAGCGAGGAGGUCCCAAGAUGAUAUCGACAACGUUGGCGGGAACGUGCCUCUGCAACGCCUCCCGCCUAUGGAAGCUCCCCGCCGUAUGCCCAUCGAUCAGGGCCAAUACUUCUGCUGGCAGACGAAGAAUCGCCGCAAAUUCCAAUGGCGUCGACGCCCCCACAGUCGAGGAGUGCGAGGAGAAGGAUCCCAACAAGGACGAAAUGAAUCCUAUUCCUCUAGCAUCGACUUCUUCUCCCAUUGAUAAGGACCUGAAGAAGGUUGUCCAGAAGACUGCAGCAACCUUUGCUCCAAGGGCCUCCACUGCGACCAAGAAUCCUGCAGUUCCAGGAACAACCUUGUAUACUGUAUUUGAAGUUCAAGGUUAUGCGUCCAUGUUUCUGGGAGGAGUUCUUUCUUUUAAUCUGAUAUUUCCAUCAAAUGAACCAGAUAUAUGGCGACUUAUGGGGAUGUGGUCCAUCUGGAUGUUCACAAUUCCUUCGCUCCGAGCACGAGAUUGUUCCAAGAAUGAAAAGGAAGCCCUGAACUAUCUCUUUCUUUUGAUCCCAUUGCUUAAUGUUUUGCUUCCAUUCUUUUGGAAAUCCUUCGCAGUUGUUUGGUCAGCUGAUACUGUUGCCUUCUUUUUGAUGUACGCCUGGAAGCUCGGUUGGGUGAAGAAGACAGAGUGAGGCAUGGUGCACAAGUGAAGUCUGCUACUGACACGAGAAAGGCUCCUGAUUCAUGAUUGUGAUGAAUGGAAGCGAAAGCUGCACCGUCAAUUGUUCAUAUAUAACAACACGGUUGAAUAUCUUUCUUAGUCGCUCACUCUCAUCCAGGUUGGGGUUUUAGAUAUUUCAUUGGAAGAUAGAGCUGAAGAUCUCUCCCUAUCUCCUUAUUAGGGAGCUGGGUUGCAUGGACAAUGUCUAGCUUAGCAAUGUUAAAAGCAUGUGCUCUUAUACUGUAUUUCAUAUUCAAAAUCUUGCUGAUUUAUUGUAUUUUUAUACAAGUUUGAGGGCUUUCUUUUA